UGAGGGUCUGUCGGGGGCACGUCUAUUCUUUGGGGUUCUCAGUUUUUGAGGCUGAGGGUUAGGGUUUUAAGGUGCUUCAAACUGAUGCUGAGGCCUGCCUUUGCUUUUGUUUUGUGGUGGUUUUGUCUCACAGAAGGGAGAAAAACCCCUCCGCUCACGGGCGUUUAGUCCGGCCCUCAGUCUGGACUAACAGAAUACACUUUGGUAUUCUCUUCAUUCGUAAAUGAGGCAGUUGAACCAGAUGAUUUUUAAGGCUCAUUUCCUUACUUUCGCUCUGUGCUUAUGUGACGUGCAUUUUUUGUCCACUGAUAACACAGCCCUCUUAGCUCCAACCUAGAGAAGUAUGUCAUUCAUAUCCAAACCCAGGCCAAAGGAUGGUUGGGAAGGAAAUGGAUUUAUCUGGUCACUGGUCGGGGCCAAGCACUCACAUAGGUCAUGUCGAGGGCAUGAUUCUUAGGGCCUGUCAUGUAGAUGUUUUCACUAAUCAUUAUGAAGCUCUGAUUUGCCCAGGCAUAUUUUUGAAAACCUGUCAUUGACUUCUAAAGUUACAUGUGUGGUUUACUUAAUUAUCAAGUAAGCAAGCUUUUACCAUCUAUAAGAUAUUAAACCUAUUCAGUUAUUUAAAGAAUAUGCUGGUCUCAAUGAAUCUAAUUUUAAUUUUGACAUUUGAUCUCCUAUUAACACGUUAACACUGCAGUCUAAACCAAAUCUUUACUUGGAUUGGUUCCAUGAAGAAGCAAUGUCUGUUUGCAAAUAAUGUGGUUUUUCAGUUUCCCCAUUUUUCUUCCUAGACUUCAGUCCAGUUUAAAAACUGUCAGAAAUGUUUUUACCAUCUGAAUGGGGAAAUAUUUUCCAAAAUAGUUGGAUUUUAAUAUCUCUGAAAAUAACUUUUAUCUGAUGACCAGUUUUCAAACUUACUGACAGUUGAUCCAAAGUGAGACCAGAAAAAAAUAAGAUCUUAAUUAUGAGGGGUCUUGGAAAAAAUAAUUUAAAAUAAGCAAGAAAUAUAAACGAAUGGAUUCAUUCAUAUACUUAAGACACAUGGCCAUAACAAGUAUGAACAAAACUUAUAAAAGGGCAUUUGAUGAGAUACUGGAACGAAUAAAAAUAGCUCAAGUUCAUGCUUAUGCCUUUUAAAACAGAACUAUUCUGACACGUGAUAAAGUUAGUGUUAGCUCUCCCUGAGAAAGUAAAAGUCAGCCUGGCUCUUCAUCAGACUGGGAUAAUACACAGAUAAAGCUAGCUGCAAAGUUAAUAGGAAACAGUGUUUCUCCCAAGGACAUGGUACAGUGAUGAAAUGUCAUAAUGACUUCCUUGAAAGUCUGCUGCUUUUUUAGUCUUUGUGAAACCUUACCUCAAAAAUCAUAGACUAUAAGAAUAAACUGCUGUUGGAAGUUAUAUCAGUAAGAAGCAUCCCACUCUUACCUUGAGAAUCUAAGUCACUUUGACGUAGAGAAGCACUCUUGAUUUCCCAGGUGCAGAGCUUCAGAUUAGGGGUUUCCGGACACAACAUUCCACAUUUAUCUUAACUUUGUAGUUUCCGAGGAAAGAGGAGCCUGGAUCUCCUUCACAGUCUAGACCUGAUGUUGACCCUUAUACACACAGCCCUGCUUUAUUGUGAGCCUCUCAAAACAUUGUUUCAUUUAAAUUUUACCUAAAUUCCAUCCACCCCAAAUCCUAUAAUAACUAUAUCUUUUUAUUUGUUGGUGAGACACCUCAUGAUUCCUCUUGUAUGCAGUCCCUCUCUUGUUGUAGUGAGUCAAGAAAUUUGAGUUGUUGAACUAUAUGUUGUCUCUGGUGGCCUUCGGCUGAUUGGCCUAAGACACACGUAAUACUUUCUGCUUGAAAUGCUCUAUAAUGGUUAAAAACAGUUGAAUUGAUUGUAAAUUUUCUUUGUUAUUUUUUUCUACUAGUGAUUAUUAACUGACAAGAAUCUUAACAAGUAGAAAAUGCCAUUUUGUUAAUCAGUUGUCUCGUUAAAUAAGCAGUUUUGUUUGGAAAUGAAGUAUGAUGCAUGAUGUAUAAUCUUUCAGCCUUCAUGUUAAAGUCUUUUAAAGUUAUUUAGGAUUUUAGAAAUACCAUACCCAUUGGAUAUAUAAGAUAUUAAAAGAAACUAAAGUAGCUCUUAAUUUAUAAACAUUAAACAUAUAGGAGGUAUAUUAUAUGUCUCAUUUAAUUUUUAGAACUCUUUAAAGUGGACAGUAUUUUAUAGGCAAGAAUAGUCCUUCAUGUUAACCACAUCAUUGCAUAUAGCCUGAGCUCCCUUGCUCCUCUCUCCUGGUAUCAUAUUUGCCUGGGAAAACUCCAGUCAGCUUAAAUCCAACUCUCCACCUGUUUUACCUGGCAUCUGGGCAGUGACUGUGGUAGGGGAACUAAUCACGCAAACAAGUCUCACUACAAAUUCAUAAACACCAAACUUAGUGGUGCUUGGCAUUUCUACUGUAUUUCUCUAACCCAGAGCAUGCUUCCACUGGGUUGCAGGACUGCUGAGAAUAUUGAUCUAAGUAGUCCUUGGGCAGCUGGACAGAACCCAGGAUCUCAACACAUCUUUAAUAGCUUGGCUCAUUUUCCCUAGAGUGUCAUCCAAAUAUUAUUUGUGUAUACCAUGGUGUGAAAAGGGUUGAGAGGCACUGCUCAGUUCAUCACUCUUUCACUCUCCUAGAUUACUUUUUCACAUCUCUCUUUAAAUCUCCAAGACUUCUUCCAUCCCAAGGACCAUACUUUGUACUCAAGCAGUAAGGAGAGAAUUUCUGCAUCGUCACACCAGUGCCUCUGGAUAUUCCAGUGGAAUGCUACUUUGUGAAAUGCAAUGGAUUACUCGUUAACACCAGUGACACAGUGCAGCAUGGAGCUGUUUAUAGUUUGGAACCCAGACUUCGUGGUGGAAAAGGAGGUUUUGGCUCUAUGCUCCGAGCACUUGGUGCUCAGAUUGAGAAGACAACCAAUCGAGAAGCUUGCCGGGAUCUCAGUGGAAGGAGACUGCGAGAUGUCAAUCACGAAAAAGCAAUGGCUGAAUGGGUAAAACAACAAGCCGAGCGAGAAGCUGAAAAGGAGCAAAAGCGCCUGGAACGACUGCAGCGGAAGCUUGCAGAACCCAGGCACUUCUUCACCAGCCCCGACUACCAGCAGCAGUGCCAUGAGAUGGCCGAGCGUCUGGAGGAUUCCGUCCUCCGAGGUAUGCAGGCUGCCUCCAGCAAGACGGUAUCGGCAGAAGUCGGUGAGAGUCGGAAACGGCCUAACAAAUCAAAAACAGACAGAGCAGCCAGUGCAGAGAAAAGGAAAUGCUUUUGGUUGGGCAUGGAAGGACUAGAGACUGCAGAAGGGUCUGGCUCUGAGAGCUCCGAUGAUGGCAGUGCAGAAGCACCUAGUACUUCAGGAAUGAGCUUUCACGUUCCCCAAAAUGGCAGUGAUGUUGUUGAGAUGGCAGCCGAAUUUCCUAGUAGCUCUCAGCAGGCAAGAGUUUUGAGUGCAGACUCUAGAUCACGAGAAAAACUACAGACCCCUGUGACGGACUCUGGGAAUGGUAUUUCAGAAGACUUGUAUGCUGAGCUGGGAGAGGCAUCUACCCAGGAGUACAUGGAAAGGAAGAUGGCUUUAGAAACAGAGAAAACCCAGGAGAAAAAUGAGGCAGAGAGUAAAGAACCCUUAGAAAAGGAAGCAGCUGGAGUUGGACUGAAUAAGGAGCAGGAGACCAAAGAAAUGACUGAUGGGGAAAGAGGUGCCAAGGGAGCCCCUGGAGGAGACAGGGAAAACAUACCUGUUGCCAAGCUGGAGGAAAGCCAGUCAGGAAACACAGAUAUUGGUCAGGAAACUGUAGAUUUACUGGCGUUCAGCUCUGUUGCAGAAGUGGAGUUGCUGGGUUUGGAGAAGCUCAAGUGUGAACUCACGGCCCGGGGACUGAAGUGCGGGGGCACUCUCCAGGAGCGGGCGGCGAGGCUCUUCUCUGUCAGAGGACUGGCAAAGGAGCAGAUAGAUCCAGCUUUAUUUGCCAAGCCUUCGAAAGGGAAGAAGAAGUGAAUUUCAUCGGAGCUGAUUUCCUGUUUCUUUACAGGCUAGCGCUUACAACCUGUAUAAUGUUGACUCUUGGACAUUAUUCUUGUUGCUAUUAAAGGUGACUUUUUAAUAACCAAA